UGGCCAUUUCAUUGAUUUCGUCUUAUUUCCUAGUUGACUGUUCAUUUGUUACACUGAGAAUUAACAAGAAACUAGAUGACCUGAAAGGCUGAAAGUCAUCCCUGUUUAGCUGUAUAGACACCAUCAGCUUCCAAUUUUGGAGCAUUAUCUUAAAAUUGCUGAAACCCGGUUCUUGUAAUGGAUCCAACCUUUUUGCUAUGGUCCGAAUUUAAGGUGAAAAUGAUGUUGUACUUGUUUCUUAAGAAGGUAAAUUUUAUCAGUUUUUGAAUGGUUUUUCAUCGAAUUGGCUAACUCUAACAACACUUCAAACACUUCCCCAUUCCUAGGAUUAGUCUCCAUAAUCUUGUCUCUUAGUAUUUUUCUGCUUUUCUUUGUUGAAAAAGGAACCAGUUCCCCACUAGAGGUGCUUUAUCAAUGCAUGCUUAUACACAUAGCACCAGCUUUUCAACUGCCAGUAAGAGUUUUUCUGUUAAAGGAACUAGUGCUCAUAAUGUAUUUGCUUCUUUUGAUAUCUUCAAAGGAAAAGCUGCACUCUCUUUGGAUCCUGUUCUCCCAACAUUCACCAAAUUGGAAUCUGGAAAUCUUGUAGUUAGUCGGCGUGGUGUUGUCAUGUUGAAGUUCACUCCUGCCAUUGGCGAGCGCAAGUAUGACUGGGAAAAGAAGCAGGUAUUUGCUUUAUCAGCAACGGAGGUUGGCUCUCUGAUAAGCUUGGGUCCCAAGGAUUCUUGUGAAUUCUUUCAUGAUCCCUCAAUGAAAUCAAGUAAUGCUGGUCAAGUGAGGAAGAGCUUGUCAAUUAAGUGUCAUGCAGAUGGCAGUGGCUACUUGGUUUCUUUGGCUGUUGUGAACAACCUCCUCAAAACCAAAGAGAAUUUCAUAGUUCCUGUCACAGCUGCUGAAUUUGCUGUUAUGAAGACUGCUUGCAGUUUUGUGCUGCCCCACAUCAUGGGUUGGGAUAGGUUGAUGAGCAAUAUGCCGACAGUUGUAGGAGGGCAACAAUCAAAAGUGGUUCCACAACUUUUGGAUGAGUGGGAUAGAUGAAGUCCACCAGUAAUCUCAUCCGUAUCAAGCUUAAGGAACUUGGACUUGCAAACUUUUGUUCCUAGUACCAUGGACUUGCAAGAUUGUGUGCUUUAGCAUGGACUUAUCGUGUAUAGUGUAUUUUGAUCUGUUGCCAAAAGCUUAUUUGACCUGGUGUAGACAUUUCUGGCUUAAGAUGCUCAAGCGACUAUUUUCAGCAUGUUAUGUAUUUAAGAUAAUACUAGUGGGUUUCAGCUCAUUUAUGGGGAUGUUUUGCUUGAAGCCUUCGAAAUGAAAGGUUCUGAUUAAUGAAUAGAUUCGAUUAGUGUCUAA